AUGGGCAAGAAAAAGAGCAGCAAGUCGAACAAGGUGACCGUUAGUCUCAGCGAGUUUGUUGCUGGCAGUGGUCAGCAGCCCGGGUCGGGGCCCAUUGUAGCGGCGGAUCCCGAACUCGCCGUGCUACCGACUGCGCCGCGGAGUCGGGGACCCGAUGACGAACGAGGGUUCGGAGCUCGUUAUGGUGGGUCGUUCGGAGGUUACGGAGACCGCUGGGAGCGUUUCGGCGGUCCCGGAGCUCGAAUGCGAUCGGCUUUCGGUGAAGCACCCUGUGACUGGGCCGACGAUGACGACAGUGGAUUCGCGGGUGCCGGUGCUGCUUCCGAUCGAGCGUUUGGUGCUGGUAACCGCGGUGCCGACGCUGAACCCGAACUGGACUGGAGCGCAGCUCGACGAGGUCUGACGCCUCGAGGCCCAGUUGGAGACGCAGGCGGUCGCGACUGGCUGCGAAAUGCGGAUCACUCGCGGGGGUUUCCCGCUCCAGCAGCGGCCGCUGGCUUGAACGGAGCAGGUCCGGCGCUUGAAGCCGAAGCGGCACCAGAGCCGGACUUUACCCGGCGAGGCCUGGCGCCUCCCGCGGCACUAGAGACAGCCGAAAAAGGUCUGGGUAGUUUUGGUGGCCGCCAACCCGAAAGGAGGCGAGAAAUGUUCGGUCAGUUGGUGACAGACUCAGCCGAAGGAACGUUGGAACGCCGCGGACUACUCCCGCCUGCGGUAACGACUCGUGCGCAGGUGUCGCCUGUCGAGGACGUAGACGUUGAUUUCCGCAAACGUGGCAUGUUGCCACCUGCGGCAGAGGCAAAGGCGUCAGCAUCAGAACCUCAGCCCUCUAGGGGGUUCAUCCCCUCGGAUGUGGAGGUCGACUUUGGGAAGCGUGGUCGACUGCCACCGGCAGCCUCGGAGGGCACGCGUUCCGAGGCAACACUUCCUGCAGAUGCUCCAGCAGACACUCGAACGGAGCCCAGUGCUCGUGACGCCCGUCCAGGACGACCGCAAGAGCUGCCGUCGCACAUGAACCCGCCGCCAGCGAGUAGCACGACGCACGCGGCGAAGCAGGGCGCCUCCACGGAGCCGACAACGUUAGACUUUAGUCGCAGAGGACGGCUGCCUCCGUCCGCUGUGAAGGCCUCGGCGAGUAACGACACCUCGUCGAGGCACCGGCGGAGACCUUUUGCAGGCAUGGCUGCAGCGGCAGGGGAUUCAUCCGCAGUGGAGUUUUCCAGACGAGGCGUACCAUCGCCGGCAGCAGCAGCAGCAGCAGCAGCAGCAGCAGCUGACGCUGACGCUGGUGCAGUGCCUGCCUCCGAACGAGCGCCUCGCAAGGCACCGUCUAGUCAGGGUGCCAAGUCUUUCUUCGGGAAAGAUACCCAGGUGGACUGGUCGCAGGUACGGCGAGGGGUACCGCCUCCACCGGCGACGGAGACCUCCCCGAAUGCAAACACGCCCUGA